CUUUUCCCAUUUUCCACAACUACCUUAUAGUGACUUAAUUCAUUUCCCUAAUUUCGAAUAUCAUUUGAAACUUUCAGACAAAAUAACUGUUGCUCGAAAUGAUUAUAGAAGCUUCUUUCAUUUUCCAUUAAUGGGACCAAAAAAAUGUGGCCAUAUAAAUGGCAUGAGCUAGGCUUCUUGUCUGCGCACACAACUACAAUUAGCACUCUGCAUUUGCGAUAUGGAGAGAGUUUCUUCCUAUUUUCUCGUGCUUGCACUACUCUUACCAAUCCAUUAUUUGAUGGAUUAUAGCUCAGCCAAAAACGAUAUCAACACCGAUCGUUCUUCACUUCUUGCCUUGAAAUCUCAAAUCACUUUAGAUCCUCAAAAUGUAUUAACCCGAAAUUGGAGCACUGAAGCCAGUGUUUGUAGUUGGAUCGGAGUUACUUGUGAUUCACAUUACAAUAGGGUGACUCAGUUGAAUAUAUCGGACAUGGGUCUUGUGGGAACCCUCCCACCAGAAAUUGGGAAUCUUUCUUCUCUCGUUUCUUUAGACGUGAACGAGAACUCCUUUCAUGGCCCCAUUCCCCCAUCUAUCUUCAACAUGUCAUUUCUAGAAGUUUUGGAAGUAAGGAAUAAUAGUUUGUCUAGUAGUUUACCUCUUGAUAUGUGCAAACACAAUCUGCAUAGACUCAAGAGGCUUCGUUUGUCUUACAACGAGUUGUAUGGGGAAAUACCAUCGAGUUUGGGGCAGUGUUCACAGUUUGAGUAUCUUUCUUUGUACAAUAACAAUUUCACUGGAUUUGUGCCGAGAGAAAUUGGGAACUUGACCAAGCUUCAUGAAGUGUUGAACCUUGGUGAAAAUCAGUUGACUGGAGUUAUUCCAGAAGAGAUUCAUCAUCUUCAUAAUUUAGCAGUGUUGGACUUGAGUUGGAACAAGUUGUCAGGCACUUUGCCACCAACCAUUUUCAACAUGUCUUCCUUGACAAUGAUUGACUUAUCAAGUAACACAUUUAGCGGGGCAUUGCCUUCAGAAAUUGGGGACAUGAAAGCACUACAGGAUUUAUACCUUGAAAACAAUGCUUUAACCGGUACUAUUCCGAAAGAGAUUGGAAAUCUUCAUAAUUUGCAGGACAUGUGGUUGUCUUCCAACGAACUUAGCGGAUCAAUCCCAAGAGAAGUGGGGAACAUGACAGCUCUUAUGAAGUUAUACCUCGACUAUAAUAGAUUAAGUGGUACUAUUCCGAAAGAGAUUGGAAAUCUUCAUAAUUUGCAGGACAUGCGGUUGCAUUCCAACGAACUUAGCGGAUCAAUCCCAAGAGAAGUGGGGAACAUGACAGCUCUUAUGAACUUAUACUUCGACUAUAAUAGAUUAAGUGGUACUAUUCCGAAAGAGAUUGGAAAUCUUCAUAAUUUGCAGGGCAUGUCGUUGGGUUCCAACGAACUUAGCGGAUCAAUCCCAAGAGAAGUGGGGAACAUGACAGCUCUUAUGAACUUAUACCUCGGCAAUAAUAGUUUAAGUGGUACUAUGCCGAAAGAGAUUGGAAAUCUUCAUAGUUUACAGAUCAUGCACUUGGGUUCCAACAAACUUAGCGGAUCAAUCCCGAGAGAAGUGGGGAACAUGACCGCUCUUAUGAACUUAUACCUCGGCAAUAAUAGUUUAAGUGGUACUAUGCCGAAAGAGAUUGGAAAUCUUCAUAGUUUACAGAUCAUGCACUUGGGUUCCAACAAACUUAGCGGAUCAAUCUCGAGAGAAGUGGGGAACAUGACAGCUCUUAUGAACUUAUACCUCGACUAUAAUAGAUUAAGUGGUCAAAUACCAUCCUCCAUCUGUAACUUGACAUCUCUUGGUGCUCUUCUUCUCUCAAAUAACAAUUUGGAAGGAACAAUUCCACAAUGCCUUGGAAACGUGAGCUCUUUGAUCAUCUUUCAUUUAAAUGAAAAUCAGUUUCGUGGUCUCAUUCCAGCAACAUUUAGCAAGGGGUGUAGUCUUGAAUCCAUCAAUUUGAAUGGUAACAAAUUGCAAGGACCAUUACCUAAAUCCUUGAUCAAUUGCGGAAGUCUACGAGGCCUCGAUGUUGGAAACAAUAGAAUACAAGACGAAUUUCCCUUUUGGAUGGAUGGCCUCCCUUGGCUUCGAGUGUUGGUCUUAAGGUCUAACAAGUUUUAUGGUAACAUGUCACUUCCUUCACAAACCAAUAUUCCAUUUCAUAAUUUGCAAGUUUUAGAUAUAUCUCAGAAUAGAUUUGUGGGCUCUCUGCCUCAAGGAUAUUUCAAGAAUUUCAGAGCAAUGAUAGAGGUAAAUGAAACAAGCUUGUCAACUAACGACACCUUCUUUAAAGUUUAUGUGGAGAUGAGGCUCACCUUGAAAGGUCUGGAUCAAUUAUUACAGAGAUUGUUGUCAGCCUUUACAACAAUCGACUUAUCCUCCAAUAGAUUUUCUGGGAGUAUUCCAAAUUCCAUUGGAAAUCUUAAGAUUCUCAAAUACUUGAAUUUGUCCCACAAUAAACUCAUAGGAAAUAUACCUUCAUCUCUUGGAAGUAUGAGUGAACUUGAAUCUUUGGACUUGUCAGUGAACAAGUUGGAUGGAGAAAUUCCAAGUGAAUUGACAAGGUUGACAUUUCUUUCGACAUUAAACCUUUCAAUGAAUAAUCUUGUGGGACAAAUACCACAAUCUACUCAAUUUUCCACAUUUGAGAAUGAUUCAUACGUCGGAAACUUGGGACUGUGUGGAGUUCCGAUGACGAGAAAAUGCAACAAGGAGAAUGGACAUCGGAUGCAGCCAGAAGAAGAAGAUGGCGAAGAUGAUGAGUAUGGAUUUAUAGAUGGAUUUGGAUGGAGAAGUGUAGUGAUGGGAUAUGGAAGUGGAUUCAUAGUUGGGAUUGGAAUUGGUUACAUCAUUAUUAGAAAUGGAAGGCCAAGAUGGUUAGUGGAAUUCUUUUUCGGCAUUGGAUAUAAUAAUAAUAAUAAUAAGAAGAAGAGACGCAGCAGAGCUACACCAACACCAACACGCAGGAGAACUUAAUUGAAGGAUUGUGCUCGAAUUGUGUUUUCUUUUUCUUAAUUAUCUCCUUUUUUAAUGGCUACUUUAGUGUGUUUGUGCUCGAUUCAACUUUAGAGUUUAAGAAAUAUUGUUGUUUGUUCGUGUUGUUAUGUCUUGAAUCUCCCGCUUAGAACUACGGGGCUCUCACUGAGAUCUAUAAAUACUAUAAAUACUUGAGAUCUGUAAUCUGUAACCCUAGCCGCAUAAUAAAAUAUGUCAUCCUCUCUGUUCGUGGAUGUAGCCAUAUUGGUGAACCACGUAAA